AGUGUCUGUGGAAUGAUGAUGUAGCGCAGUGAUUAAACAAUAAUAAAAUAUAAAUAAUAUUCAAUUAAUUGAGCACGAAAUUUGUCAAAUAGUGACACGUAUGUGGUGACAUCAUUUUAAGUUAUCACCAAUAGUGUAUUUACAUGUAAUCGGCGUAAACUUAAGCAUAAAAAGUGCAUACAAACUCGAUAUCCUACAUUUGUUUAUCUUACCCAGAGCGCUGUAUAAGAAUAAGUAAAAAUGACUGAAUUUAGUGAGUUUUACUAUGGAAUACCAUUCUUUACCCGAUAUUGGUUGUCUGCUACUGUAGUGCUCAGUAUUUUUGCCAAAUUCGGUUUCUUUAACCCGUUCAAUUUGAUUUUAUUAUGGACGCCGUUCUAUACACAGUUCCAAAUAUGGAGACCCCUAACAGCCCUCUUCUAUUUCCCACCAAGCUUCCCGUUCCUCGUGAACUGCUACUUCCUGUACAGCUACUCGGAGCGCCUGGAGACGGGCAUGUUCGCGGGCAAGCCGGCCGACUACUUCACCAUGCUGGUGUUCAACUGGCUUGUGUGCGUUGUUAUUGGGUUCUUGAUUAAUAUGCCGCUACUCAUGAUCCCGAUGGUGAUCUCAGUCCUCUAUGUGUGGUGUCAGCUGAAUAAGGAUGUAAUUGUCACCUUCUGGUUUGGGACGAGGUUCCGCGCCAUGUAUCUACCGUGGGUGCUGUUCGCGUUCAACCUUAUUGUCAGCGGAGGUGGGAUCGCGGAGUUCAUCGGUAUCCUGGUGGGCCACCUGGCCUUCUUCCUACUCUUCAAGUAUCCCCAGGAGUUCGGCGGCCCCACGCUACUCUCGCCACCAGCUAUUGUGCGCAAAUGGUUCCCAAACUCCCGAACAACAGUGACCGGUUUCGGGCGCCCCGAGCCAGCCCGCAGCCCCGUCCAGGGGCAACGCAACUGGGGUACCGGCUACACGCUUGGAGGCAACUGAGGCUGAUUGGCCGUUCACCCUUGAAGUCUAACGCUAUUGGUCGGUUUAAAUCGCCUGGGUGUCUCUGAUUGGUGGUUUAUGCUUGCCGGUCUGACAGUAUUGGUCUGUUUAUACUUAUACCGACUGGUUUUCCUCUGAUUGGUCGUUUAUUUAAGUUGGUUUAAUGUUAUUGGGCGAUUUAAACGGAUUGGAUAUGUAAGUAAAGAAUACCUACUAUGAAGCGUAGAGUAAAAGAGUCGGACCAACCGAGUUAGCAGCGAUUUUGAUAACAAAACCUAUGCCAGUAUUUUUUUUAUGUCAAACUUAUAUUAUGACGUUUAUAAUAACACUUGUAUAUUAUUUGCUACCAAUGUCGCUGCCGAUGUAGUUUGGUUGCUUUACAGUUAGAGCUCCCUACUUUACAACUUUAUUUUAUUUAUUUAUUUAAUCUUUAUUGUACACAAAGAAAAACUUAUAUCCAGGUCUCUUUAAAGCAAGAGUAAAUAGGUAUCUCAUAGGUAAGCGUGAUCCACCGUAGACCG